UUUCGCCUCCUUGGUUGAAAUUGGAUGACCUGUCCAAGGUGUACCGUGGAAUAAGGGCGGACGCUUUAAAUAUGUGGCAGAAUCUCGCUUUUUAAUCGCUAACGCCAGAACAUAAAUGCUAACUACAUUAGCCGCGCUAUUCAAACCUUCCAGACGUUGGUAGGACGUUCUCAUAAACCGUCCGAUAACUCCCCACACCGCGCCUUCACAACCUCCUACAUCUGUCUGUUCAAGUUAUUGGUGUUUCAACCCCCAGUGAAAGCCACAAACUCUGGCGAAUGUGAGCCUCAAUAUACAUUUUUUGUCAACAUUGUUUAGCAUCAAUGAAUAACCGUAAUUGUUUUCACUUGAGACGACAUAAUAAGGAUGUUUAUUACCCUGGCCAUAGUUUAUUAGUAUAUUAAUAGUCAUGACAUGGCGAUAGUCGUGGUUUGCCUACAUUGAAUAUUAAAGUCACUACACAGAAGACUCAUAAGUGCAUCAUUGAAAUUCGAUCUUAAAAUCGCUGCAACAAUAAAGUCCUGCUCAUGUGGCGCCAUUAAAGGCAGCUGUGGCUUUUGAAACACGUUAUAUAUAAUCACUCCUGUACGCAUACCUGUGAUGAAUCACGCUGGUGUUUAGGAUCUAAAAGUCGAAUUCUUUAAAUCUGCAAAUACAACUGGAAGCUCAAAACAGUAGGUGGCGCUGUUCACCGCAGAAGAGGAAAUAUUCUAUGACUUGCAGACUAUGACUGGAAUGUGGAAAAAGAAGGUGGAUAAUGGCACAGUAGGUGGCAGCAUACGAGUAUCUGUCAAGCAGAGGAGACGACCACAGUAAAUCGUGAGAAAGACAUGAAUCGGGCAGAAGGUACGUUCCCUCGCCCCAUCAGCGAUGCCUUGCCCAAGGAUGCAGAAGUUGUGAAGACCAAAGAGUUGGUGAAAACUCUCAUUCCAUUCGGGAUGUUUCCUGAUGACGAGGAGCUCCAGAAAAGAGAGAGAGUCAUGAAAAGGCUGGAGACUCUCUACAAGGACUGGCUCCAGGAGAUGUACGUCAGAUUGGGGGUCACCAAAUAUUUUGCCAAAAGAUGUCGAGGCAGGAUCAUCCCGUAUGGCUCUUACUGUCUCGGGGCACACGUGAGAGAAGCUGAGCUGGACGUGCUGUGUGUCGGCCCCACGGUCCUGAAGAGGAAACAUUUCUUCACUGUGUUCUUUGAGAAGCUGAAAUCGCUCAGAGAAGUCAAAGACGCUUUGGCUAUCGAGAAGAAGUACAUUCCGAUUAUCAAGCUUUGGUUCGAGGGGAUUCAGGUGAACCUGGUUAUCGCUCUCCUGCCUUCCAACAAGCUCAACGAUGAAAAGGAACUUCUGGAUAAGAAUAUAUUGGUGGACCUCAAUCCUGAGUGUGUGCAGAGUUUGAAUGGGCACAGAGUCACCGAAGAAAUCCUGAAGUCUGUGCCAAGCCCCAGCAACUUCCGACUUGCUUUGAGAACCGUCCAGCUAUGGGCUAAAUGUCGAAACAUCCAUUCCAACCGACGGGGGUUCCUGGGUGGAACAUCCUGGGCCAUCAUGGUGGCCAAAGUGUGUCAGUUCUAUCCGAAUGCCACAGCCUCAGUCCUGGUGGCCAAAUUCUUUCUGGUCUUCAGCGCUUGGAAAUGGCCAAACCCAGUUUGCCUCAGGUACCCUGAGGAGAGUAUUUCGGGACUUCCCGUAUGGGACCCCCAGAACAACGAGAGCGAUGCGUCUCACCUGAUGCCAGUCAUCAAACCAGCGUACCCGCAGGAGAACUCCAGCGUCACGGUGUCUCGCUCCUCCCUCAGCAUCAUGAUGGAGGAGAUCAAACGUGGUCGUGUCAUCACUCAGCAGAUCAUGGAGGGUAAAGCAGAAUGGGCCCAGCUGUUCAACGCUCCUGACAUUCUGGAAAAGUACGGGGACUUUAUUUUAGUGGAAGCAGUGGCAGCCAAAGAUAAGCAGCAUCUUGAGUGGUUCAACAUUGUGGAGUCCAAGCUCCCAUUUCUGGUGACCUCACUGGAGAAGAGAUCAAACAUUUCCAAGGCCCACGUGAAUGUGCCCUGGUGUGGAGAGUCUGAAAACGGGAAGAGCAUGAUCUCAAAGUGGCUGAUCGGACUAGAGUUUAAGGCAGAGGCGGAAAGAUGCCCGAAAAAUUUUUCCUACAACAUUCAGUCUUUCAUCAAAAGUGCCAAGUCUUUGGCUCUUUAUAGCUGCUACUUUAGAAAGGGCAUGGACGUGAAAGCUGUUUUCCGAAAGAGGGAUGACUUGCAGAUACCACAGAGCUCCCUGGCGUCGCCUCCACACGAAGCGUCCUGUAGCGCCGUCGGCCAGCGGCUGGAGAUGACGGAAGCAGAGGCCAGCAAUCCCACUACAGAAGAGGAGUCUCACUCUUCCACAUCAGUCCCCCAGUCUUCCAAGAGAAGCGCGUCUCCGCCAGAGGAGGCUUUAACAGCAAGCCCGAAAAGAUGUUGCACAAGUGCUGCAGGGUCCUCGUCCAGUGCUGUGGUCAGUCCGUCUCCUGUCGAGAUGAUGAGCAGCCAUUCCUCCAGCGAUGAUGAUGUCACAUCCAGCUCCACCAUCAGUCAGUCGAAGGUCGGGACGGCAGCUGAAGCCAACAACUACACAAGGGACCUCCAGGCCACAACUAGUUUUUCAAGCUCUCCUUUUGAAGCUGGAGACUCUGUCACCAUGGUGACGAGUGGAGUCUCACUCAGUGAGUCUUUGUUUGGGACCAUUAGCAGUAGCUCUUCAGACCAUGAGGAGAAUACUUCCUGUUUCUUUCCCGACCUUUCACCCGACGAGACCUCGGAUAGUAAGUGCAGCAGCAGCGAUAACUCCCUUCGUUCAUCUGAGGAGGAAGCAGUGAAGUCUGAGGCGGCUGAAGAAGCCACAGCAAGCCUCCAGUGCAGUGACCCUCCAACUGAGACCGGCAGUUGUGUUGGCACUCAGAGAAACAUGCCAGAUCCAACCCGGAAAACCAGUGAUGAGGCCGACUCAACGUCCCGCUCCAGCAACUCCUCCAGUGCAGAAGAAGCCCACGUUGACUGUGCCGCAUCCAGUUUGUCUCAAGCAGUUACCACAUGCGAAAGUGGGGCGGAGAAGGAAGCAGACUUCAGGGAUAGAUGGGGAGCAGCCACUGCCACUUUCGACUUCAGCCCAUCUCCAGCUGGGGUCUUCAAUUGGAAUCUCCUGGGAACUUUUCAUGGCAUACCCAGGGAACUCCAACAUGAGUCGCCGUCACCAGCAGGGAGCGAGGUUGAAGGUGACGCCUGCACUGAGUUGGGUCAAGCUGGAGCCACCAGCCAAAAAUGUGAGCAGCAAGCAGCGAACAGUCAAGAAGACAGUACAGAUGUGACUCUGGAUACAGCUGGAGUGAGCCUCUCCCUCAGCCAGUGUGAAUAUGAGGCCAUCAGUGAUUGUUCUGCAGAUGGUGAGAAGGCCACUUCUCUUCCCGAUUUCCCACCUGAUCAGAGUAAAGUUACAAGCUUCAGAAACACUGUAUUUCUAGAGGACACUAUCAUUGACACAGUGACUCCAGAGACCAGCGUCUGGCUCGGUCCGCCUCCAUCCAGCGGGGUCAGCGUCAACACGGACCAUGCAGCAGCUGGACCUGCUGCUAUUUCAGUAAACCAGUCUUCACCUGGAGCUUUCAGUGAUGUCACGGACGAUGAGAGUGAAGCAGUGUUCCUCACAGGCGAUAAGACCACAGAACCAGGCGGUGAAGCAGCCGAUUCAAGCGGCGCUCUCAGUCCAUCGCAUGGGGGUGUGGCACCCGAGGACCGGGUCAAAGGUGAUACAACUUCCGACUUGCUCAGUCAGUCUCCAGCUGGGAUCUUCAAUUGGAAUCCCAGGGAACUCCAACACGAGUCGCCAUCACCAGCAGGGAGCGAGGUUGAAGGUGACACCUGCACUGAGCUGGGUCAAGCUGGAGCCACCGCUCAAAAAUGCCUCUCCCUCAGCCAGUGUGAAUAUGAGGCCAUCAGUGAUUGUUCUGAGGAUGGUGAGAAGGCCACUUCCCUUCCUGAUUUCCCACCUGAUCAGAGUAAAGUUACAAGCUUCAGAAACGCCAUAUUUCUAGAGGACACUAUCAUUGACACAGUGACUCCAGAGACCAGCGUCUGGCUCGGUCCGCCUCCACCCAGCGAGGUCAGGGUUAACCCGGCACCUGCUGCUAUUUCAGUCAACCAGUCUUCACCUGCUUGCAGUGAUGUCACAAACCAGAGUGAAUCAAUGUUCCUCACAGGCGAUAAGAUCACAAAACCAGAAGCAGCCGAUUCAAGCGGCGCUCUCGGACCACCGCAUGUGGGUGCGGCACCCGAUGUCCGGGUCAAAGGUGCCACAACUUCCGUCUUGUUCAGUCAGUCUCCAGCUGGCACUGAGGAAAGAACAGGCACAAACAGCCGGGAUGAAUUGCAGAGCGUCUUGCUAGUUCAGUCUCCGUCCAGAGAGGAGGAUGAGUCUUUCUUACCCAGUCGUGCUCCAGGUGAGGCUGAAGAUCGUCAGUGCUCCACUCUUAAGCUCACCACAAACUUUGAGGAGGCGAUACUUAGUGACCAGCAUGAUGAAGAUGUUCCCUCCAGUGAAGCCGAGAACAUCUCCAUGAACUGCACCGAUGAGGAGGAAGCAUUGGAUUCUUACUCGUCUUUGGACACGGGGCUCACGAAGAGACCUGCACGACCGCUCCGUCGUCCCUUAGGACCUCCGACUAGAGCUUCACAGAGGCUGAAGAAGCCAAAUCUUAAAUUCCAGCCGAGCUCCAGUUGAGGCCUCCGCAGCAGGCACAGACUCGCAAGGAUGCAUUUCUGUAUCAGACUGCUGUCCAACUGAAUCGCCCGUAAAUACCGGUACCUGAGCAAAUGGCGCACAACAAUAAAUCUGAACUUUCCUCUGGCCCUCAAUGACUGUGGGCGUCCUGUUGACAUUGACACACGGCACAUUUAGCUGCAGAACAGCUGAAGAAUGUUCUUAAAGAUAUUCUAGGUUUUUGCAAUUUAAUUGGUGGUGAAAUGGAACUGAUCAAAUGGAGCUUUGUGACAGGGAACAUUGCAUCUGAGAUCCGAGUUCUGCAGCGACAUGAAAUGAAAGCUCAUGUCUCGCUUGCUAAAUGUCCUGAGCUCUGAAUACAUGGCUUGAAAUAAACAUUCAACCACCCAUAGCGUCUAACUUUCUAUGAACUGUUGGGCUGUCAUGGACAUACUUGCAUAUACCAUUUGUAUAUCUGUGUGAAAUAGCCUUAGGAAUUUUCAAAUACUUUC